CAUAGACUGGGUGACUUUCCUCCGGAAUAUAUCUCUCUUCGACGAAUCGUGCGUCCUUCUGCCCGGUUCUACUUCCCAUCGUCUCUCCGCUCACGGCGACCUCCGACGGCGAUGGCGAGGCGCGAGGCCGACGCCAUUCCCCUCUCUCGCUUCGGUGUCCUCGUUGCGCAGCUGCAGUCGAUCGUCGUCUCCGCUCGUCAGCAAACUCCCGAUGCUCUUCUUUGCUUCGAUCUCCUCUCCGAGCUCGUUGCUUCAGUCGAAGAAGAGAGUAAGGAAGCUUUACAGCAGUGGCAACGUAAGUGUGAGGAUGCUCUCUAUUCAUUGCUUAUUUUAGGGGCUCGAUGCCCUGUUCGACGGCUUGCCUCUAUAGCAAUGGGAAGAGUUAUUCAAAAAGGUGACGGAAUUUCUAUAUACUCAAGAGUGAGUAGCCUACAAGGAUGGCUAGCAGAUGGUAAAAGAAAUGAGCCCCUUUCUUGUGCAGGUGUUGCACAUUGUUUGGGAGAAUUGUAUCGCCUGUUUGGACGCAGGGUUACUUCAGGGUUGACAGAGACAAUCAACAUAGCUGCUAAACUUAUGAAGUUCAAUGAGGAUUUUGUGAGGAAAGAUGCAUUGCAAAUGCUUGACAAUGCAUUAGAAGGAUGUGGUGGUAGUGGACCCUUUACAGCUUAUUCAGAAGCACACCGCAUUGUGAUGCGAGUGGGUGUAACUGAUAAAUCAUUCAUAGUUAGACUGGCUGCAGCCAGAUGCUUGAAAACAUUUGCCAACAUAGACAGUCCUGGAUUAGGACCUGCAGAGCUUGAAGGUUCUAUUGUGUAUUGCCUCAAGGCUCUUGUUGAUCCUACUUCGUCUGUUAGGGAUGCUUUUGCUGAAGCCUUGGGUGGUUUGCUUGCUCUUGCAACGAAUCCGGAGGCACAGGUAAAGCGAGGGAAUAAAAUUACUGUUCCUGCACAGAAGUUGGAGGACAAUUUACAGAAGCACUUUAUAUUACCCUUUGUUAAAGCAAGUGGGAUACAUGCAAAGGACAUUCAAAUUGGCCUCACAUUAUCAUGGGUAUUCUUUCUACAGGUUCUUCAUCAAAAAUAUCAUGUCCUAGAAAACGAACUUCAAAAUUAUGCUAUACUAGCCAUGGACAUUCUUAAAGGAAACGAUCUUGCAGAUCCUCAUGCACUGGCCUGUGUUAUAUACAUUCUUCGUGUGGGCAUAGCUGAUCAAUUGACUGAAUCUUCUCAGCGCAGUUUUCUCAUUUUUCUGGGUAAAAAGCUAGAAUCUGCUGAUUGCAAUCCACCGAUGAGCGUCGCUAUAUUGCGAAUCCUGUCUUAUCUUUUGACUAACUUGGGGGAGGUUCCUCUUGAAUUUAAAAAUAUCCUUGAUAACACAGUUGUGGCAGCCUUAUCCGAUUCUUCAUUACAGGUACGCAUUGAAUCUGCAUUGACAUUGCGUUCAUUGGCAAAGGUUGAUCCCACUUGUGUUGGUGGAUUAAUUUCAUAUGGUGUCACAACUUUACAUGCGCUGAGAGAAGGCGGGUCUUUGGAAAAGGGAACAAAUUUGGAUCUUGAGCUAAACUCUCUGCAUGGGCAAGCCACACUCUUGGCAGCGCUUGUUUCAAUCUCACCCAAGUUACUUCUUGGAUAUCCUGCAAGGCUGCCUCAUUCAGUCUUUCAAGUUUCAAAAAAGAUGUUGAGUUCCUUCAGUCGUAACCCUCAAGCUGCAAUUGUCGAAAAAGAGGCUGGCUGGUUGCUUUUAGCUUCUCUUGUAGCAAACAUGCCAAAAGAGGAAUUGGAGGACCAAGUUUUCGAUAUUCUUUUACUUUGGGCUGGUCCCUUUGCUGGAAAUCCAGAAGUUUACUUUAGGCAGACACAAGAUUUGGCAGCUGAACUGCUUGUGUUAUCGGCUGCAAUUGAGUCACUCACUGCCUUCAUAAGAAGCUUUGUUUCUCCAGAAGUUGCAACUCAAAAUGGAGUUCUUCUACAACCAGUAUUGGCAUACCUCAGUGGAGCUUUGUUCUACAUUUCAUUCUUUUCCACAAAGCAAUUACCAAAUAUGAAGUCAGCUUUAGCACUCUUCACAAUCAGAACACUGAUGGCAUAUCAAUCUAUUCCCAAUCCUAAGGCCUAUCAAAAUGAUCAUCAGCAAAUUAUCGAAAUAUGCACUUCUCCAUUUAGUGAUCCUUCUGCUUAUGAAGAAAGCUCAAGUUUGAGAGCCUUGUUAAACAAGAAGGAAGCAUGUUUGGGCCCUUGGGUACCUGGGAGUGAUUGGUAUGAAGAUGAACUUCGAGCUUUUGAUGGUGGUAAAGACGGACUAACACCAUGUGUUUGGGAUGAUAAUAUUUGCGUCUUCCCUCAGUCAGAAUCAAUGUGCAAACUAUUAGUUAAUCAGAUGCUUCUAUGCUUUGGCACCAUGUUUGCAGCCCAGGAUAAUGAAGGAAAAAUAGCACUACUUAACAAAGUUGAUCAGUGCUUAAAAACCGGAAAGAAGCAACCAUGGCAUGUGGCCACAGUAACAAAUGCAUGUGUUGGCCUACUGGCUGGGUUGAAGGCCACAAUUGCAUUACGGCAGCAGACACUAAUACCUGAGAUUUUGACCAUCAUCCAGGCCAUCUUCCAGGGUAUUCUUGCAGAAAGUGAAGUUUGUUCAGCUCAACGAAGAGCAUCCUGUGAGGGUCUUGGUUUGUUAGCUCGUCUUGCAAGUGAUAUCUUCACUGCAAAGAUGACUCGGUCACUUCUUGGAGAGCUAGUUACAGCAACAGAUCCAUCUUACAUUGCAUCCAUCUCUCUAUCAUUGGGUUGUAUUUAUCGGAGUGCAGGGGGCAUUGCACUGAAUACUCUGGUGACUUCGGCUGUUAAAUCAAUAUCUUUAACAGCCAAGAGUUCAAAUGCUUACCUGCAGUUAUGGUCUUUGCAUUCGCUUCUAUUGAUCAUUGAAGCUGCUGGGUUAUCGUAUGUCUCUCAAGUGCAGGCAACACUUUUUCUUGCAAUGGAGAUCCUCUUGGCAGAGGAGAAUGGAUCGGCGGAUCUUAGGCAGGAGCUAGGACGCCUUAUAAAUGCUAUAGUUGCUGUUCUUGGUCCUGAGCUUUCUCCUGGAAGUUCAUUCUUUUCUCGUUGCAAGUCUGUUAUUGCAGAAAUAAGCUCUUGUCAAGAAACAUCAUCCCUCAUAGAAUCUGUUAGAUUCACUCAACAGCUUGUACUUUUUGCUCCACAUGCUGCUUCUGUGCAUUCUCAUGUUAGAAACCUUCUCCCUACUCUAUACUCUGGACAGCCUAGUCUUCGUCAUCUUGCUGUAUCAACUCUUCGCCAUCUUAUUGAAAAGGACCCGAAGUCCAUGAUUGAAGCAACUAUUGAAGAAAAUUUGUUCAGUCUGCUUGAUGAGGAAACUGAUACAGAGAUUGUUAGUCUGGUUUGCUCAACAAUUACUCAAUGGCUUCAUAUAUCUUGUGUUUCAUGUCCAUCGCGUUGGUUGAAUAUUCUUCGUAACAAGGUUCUAGCAACACCGAAUAGAAGGAUUGCAUCUGAUAACUACUCAAACUCAGUCAGUAGUAGUAAAAUAAAUGACAAAUCUGAUGGUCACAUGGGGUCCUAUUAUGGUGAAGAUGAUGAAAACAUGAUUGCUAGCUCGAAAGGGGAGCAGGUGCAUGGUUCUGCCAACAUAUUUGGUUCCGCUUAUAAGAGGGAGAAUCUUCUCAGAUAUCGCACCAGGCUUUUUGCUGCUGAGUGUUUGAGCUGUCUACCAACUGCAGUUGGAUCAAACCCAGCACAUUUUGAUCUUUCUUUGGCAAGGAUUGCUAUGAAUGUCAGGGACAGAUCAUCAGUAGAUUGGCUAGUGCUUCACUUGCAAGAAUUAAUCUCACUUUCUUAUCAGAUCAGCACUAGCCAGUUUGAAGGCAUGCAACAUAUUGGUGUGAGACUUCUAAGCAUCAUAAUGGACAAGUUUGGUGGUACAUUGGAUCCUGAUCUUCCUGGUCACCUCUUGUUGGAACAAUAUCAGGCUCAACUAGUUUCUGCUGUUCGAACUUCAAUAAGCACAUCUUCUAGUCCUCUUCUCUUGGAAUCUGGUCUAGAACUAGCAACAAAGAUCCUGACUAGCGGAAUCAUUAGUGAAGAUCAGAUUGCUCUUAGUCGAUUGUAUGCUCUGAUUUCUCGUCCACUUGAUGAUAUUAAAGACUUGUGCUAUCCAUCAUUUGCUGAUUGGGUUGCAUGCAAGAUUAAGAUUAGACUUCUGGCUGCCCAUGCUUCCAUAAAGAAUUAUGUCUAUCAAUUAUUGAAAGAGAAGAAAGAUAUUCCUAAUGGGUACCUGCAGUUGGUACCAUUAUUUUCUUCCAGCUCAACAAUUUUGGGGAAAUACUGGAUUAGUGUUCUUAAAGAUUUUACCUAUAUGUCUUUUGGCUUGCAUUCAAAAUUUUAUUAUAAACCAUUCCUAGAUGGGAUUCAAUUUGCAGUGGUUUCUUUCGAGGUGAAAAAGUGUCUGAAUGAAGUUUGGGCACUAAUUCUGCAGGCAAUUGUUCUUGAUGUUGUACCUUUGAAGUUCAAAACAGAAAAUCCUUCAGAAUUAAAUACUAAAGUGUCGGAUAAACAUCUGUCCUUAUCUGGUUACAGCAUGAUUGGCUUGGAAAAUGAGGAGUUUCAUUUUAUGUGGGGACUGUCACUGCUGAUUAUGUUUCAAGGGCAGCAACUUGUAUCAGAUAUGGAAGUGUCAUUGUUCCCUCCUGAUGAAAAGAGAAAUCGAUGUCCCGUGUUGCAAGGGGGGUCUCAUUUUAUGUUGCCUUCCUAUGAGAUUGCUCUAUCUGUAUUUCAUUCUCUUUCAACAGAAGCUUUUUUCCAACAUGAUUUUAUUUCACCAGAUCUCUGCGCCGACAUCUUUCAGAUUCUUGUGUAUGCUCAGAUACCUUACUCUAGGGGUGGCCUUGUCAUAUCUUUACUGUCACAGAUAGUCCAGUUCUGUCCUGAUGCUUUUUUUGAGCUGGAAAAUUUUACUACGUCAACAACAGAGCUUUUUCUCAAGUAUUUUGUAAUAACAUUUCAAAGAAGCAAGAAUGCAAAUUUUCAGUCCAGCGGCCAGGAUCUGCUUGCUGCCUUGUCCACUGUUUUUAAAACAGUAGCAUAUAGGACAAAGCAAAAGAUAAGGUGGAAAUUGAUAGUGGCAGUUAUGUCACUCUUCUAUCAAUGGUUUACUGAUGCUUCAGAUGGCCUAGGAUUGUCAAAAUUUGCCUAUUUUCUUCAAUAUAUGGUGCCUACAAUUAAAGAUUUGCUAAGAUGUUGCCUCUCCUUAUUUGCCGCUGAUGGUGGAAACUACGAUGAGGAAAACAACCUUCAAAAAACAGUCUUAGGAUCCUGGGCUGAUGUCCUCUUAUUUUUAUCUGGCGAAUGCAUUAAAAGGAUUUUGAUUGUGGACGACAGGAUAAAUGAGUCUUCUAAACUUCUAGCCAUGAUACUUGUGUUCUGUUUAGAAGAAACUGUAGCUUUGGCUAGACUAGUACAUGAAGCUCAACACCUCUCAGAAAAUAGUGCAAUUGAUGGUAUGCUCUUUUGUAGCAUCGUGCACAACUUCACCAACUGUAUCAGCAAUAUUAUCUCUACCAACAAUAUGCAGGUUCAGGCUUUAGGACUUCAUAUGCUGAAAACUAUUGCACAAAGAGAACUUGCUGAGGACUCGCGUUGGAGGGACCAUUCAUUUAUUCUACUCUUAUCUGGAGAAUUACUAGGGAUUCUUUUCCUUUUCCUUGACAAAACACUCAAGGAGCUAGUAAAAAGGGAAUCUCUAGCUGUCACAGAGGAGUGCUUGAAACUGCUUUUCAUCUUUCACACACUUGCACAAGGAAGUGAACAUCAGCAUCAUUUCACACUGCUUCUUCUGGAAGCCUUACAUCUUGUUUUCUAUCAAUCCAAUGAAUGUCAUGCAGAGGUACUGAGUGGCAUUAAUACUACUACAAGGAGGAUGGUUUCCCGUCUUGUUCAGAUUCCUACAGCUGCAGCCCAUAUCAAAGAUGCGAUGUUAGAAAUGCCUGUUCUGCAAAGACAACAACUUCAGGAGAUGAUUAGGGCUUCCAUUAAUCCACAAGGUCAGAUGACAAUGCAGGUCAAAUUACCGGACACUAAGGUGCAGACUUUUGAUACUAUACAAGCACUAUCUGAAAAGCAAGAGGUCAAUGAAGAACAUACUUAUGAUGGUGACACUAAAGAUGAAGGUGAAGAUGAAAAUGAAGAUGAAGAUGACGAUUGGGAUAACUUCCAAUCUUUUCCUGCUGAUACUGCACCUGCUUCUGCUGUUGAAUCACAUGAUGGCAGAGCAAGAUCAGAGCUAGCUUCACUUGAUCCAGCCAUCAAGAGUCUGCCUCUGGAUCAGAAUAGAGGUCUUGUCCAUGAUGACUUGCAGCUUACUAUUUCUGAAGAGGACAGUAAUGCACCCCCAAAUGCCUCACCGGGUGAAGACAAAGACAUUAACGAUACACAUGAUGCAUCACCUGUCAAAGCCAAAGAAACCACAAGCCUUGUCACGGACAAACUUAAGGAAGACUUGAGUGUUUCACAAACAGAAAUGGUCGUACAAGAUAGUUGUAAAAGCAGUUAUCAGGAUCUCCACCAGUGUGCCCAGAUAAAUGAAGAUGGAUUUUCAAAUAUAGGGCAUAAUUCACUGCAACCUUCAACUCGAAAUCAUUCAUCUGAGGAAGUGAGCGAGGAACAAAGUGAACUUGUCAAUGAUGAUGAAGCUACAAAAGAUAGUGAAGCUUACGUUGAAAAAAAUAGUGAUGAUAUGCUUUCUGCAUCUGUAGACACUGAAAAGGACAAUUACACCAAUGGAGACAACUCCAACCAUUCACGUGGUGUACCGAUAGCUGAAACGGAUAAGCCAGAUGAGGUUGGUAGCACGUCCAAUGAUAGAAGUGGAUUUGAAACUAAUGCCAAAGAGGAAUUGAAAGAACUAUCCGCUGGUUCAUUGCAACUUUCUGAGGACAUCAAUGAACCAGCCAAUGACAUGAAAGUGGAAAGCACCUAAAUUAUGGAUGAUACUCAUUUGCUAUUCAAUUUUUUGUUGUUGCCAAUGUGCUAGAACUUUUAUAUAGUGAUUUAAUUCUGCAAAAGCGAAAUCAUUUUUGUAGUUCCAUAUGUAUGUAUGUAUCCUCAUAACUGGAAUUAUAAGAUUACGUAGGUCCAGGGUGGCUGACAGAAUGUAUGACUUACGAAUUCGUUUCUCUGAAGUGUUUAUUGGUUCUUGUCAAUAAAGGAUGAAAUUUGAUGUGUA